AGCCCCCGUGAAAAUACCCCGGCAGAGGAGGAGACAGAGGAACCGCUGUCUUAUAAAUAUUGUGUCCGAGCGCGGGCCACCAAUUGCAGCUGUCGCGUUAGACGGGAGUAUAUUCUUUUGAGCGAAAAAUAAGGAUUCCUUCAAGACAAAAUUUGUUAACGGGUGAGAGAUUUGGCUGAAAUGGUGGGUCCACGCAUCCUAUUUUGUUGCAUUUUACUUCUGUUCCAGUGUUGUCAACACGUCUCAAGCAUCACCUGCAACCCUGUCUCUGAAUACGCAAAAUUUGGCAAGUGCUGCCGUUUGUGUCCGCCUGGCACGUACAUGAGCAGCGAAUGCAGCGAGAAAAAUGACUCGAAAUGUCAGCCUUGUGGCCCUGAUCGUUAUCAGUCAGAUUGGAACAAACUGGAACAUUGCCAUCUGCAGAAAGUCUGUAACAAUAAUGGAGGAUUUGUGGUAGAAAAGGCUGGUACCAGUACCAGUGACACAAUCUGUCAGUGCCAGGUUGGGAAGCACUGUCUCAAUAAGGACUGUGAGAUCUGUGAAGGGAACAGCGUCUGUGAACCUGGGUACGGAGUUGUGUACAAAGAACAAGGUGGGAAUUUCACAGUACCCGUGUGUGAGAUAUGUGAGGCUGGAUACUACUCAAAUGUAUCUUCCAACCUGGAAGCCUGUAGGAAAUGGAGCGAUUGUGGAUCCCUCCAGAUGUUGGUGAAUGGGACAACAACAAAGGAUGUGGAAUGUGGGACACCGGAACCUCCAUCCAAGGUGGGAUUGGUUGUGGUCAUCGUACUCCUUAGCGCAGUACUUACUGUCAUCUUGUUAUCCUUCUUCAUCUACUCAGGAUAUAAUCAAGAGAAUCGGACUAAGGCAUGGAUUACCUUUACCAGGCUGCUGAAAUGCGCAGAGACCACUAAAAAGCCAAUCCAGGAGCUGACCGAGAACGGGAGGAUAUUGGCCACAGCUGGAGAUGAAGACAAGAGCCCGGAGAUGAUGACUGAGCUUCUGCCCGUGUAAAUGGCUGGAGGAUUAAGGGCAGCAGUAGGCAGUGAACAUUGCAAUGACGCUGACGCCUUAGUGUUUGCUGCCAUUUCUCCCGACUCCGGCAACAGUCUGCUCUGGCCUUUGAACCGAGUUGACCUCCAGCUGUGAACUUAUUAAUCCUGACAUUUUAAUGCUGGUGUGGAACAGCUGCCACAGUCAGCCUCACCUUUCUGUGCUGCAUCUGGCCGUGGUGCGGUGGCAGUGAAUGAUUGAAUCAGUGUGUGCGGUGACAGAGCACAUACACAGCUGCUUGAAUUGCAGCACACAGAUUUAUUUCUACCUUCACGUGGAGACAAAAACUUUUCAGAUCCAAGACGUUGCAACUGGUUCACUGCAGAGGAACAUUCCUUUCUACCAUUCCUCCAAAUGCGCUGCUUCAAGGCAAAUAAGUAUCUGUGGAUGUAAGAGCAGUUGAAUUACUUCUGUGGAGCUUGCCUGUGUAAAUAAUCUAUUGGGAACAUAAUUGGACAUGCAGGCCAUUUCCUUCCUUGCCCUCACUCUCUCCCCUCUUCCACUGUCGCCCCACUGUCCCUGGUCACUGUAUUCUCCUGCUGGCCUAUGUAUAUUGUUAUAAAUGUACAGUUAUA